UCCCACUGUUCCCCGCGGUGCGGGCGGCCGGGCCGGCGGGGCCGCCAUGGGCUGGGGGCUCCGGCUGUGCGUGCUGGGCGGCCUGGCUGCCUGGACGCAGCGGCGCCGGGCGGCGGCGGCUGCCUCCGAGUGGAGCGACAGCGAGGCCGGGCGGCGGCGGUAUCUGGAGCUGAGGCUGGUGCAGGUCCUGUUCCGGCACGGGGCGCGCACCCCGCUGCGGCCGAUCCCGGGGAUAGAGCCGCGGGUGGAAUGGCAACCUACUCUUUUGGAUGUACCUCCUAGGACUAAGUUUGAGUACAUGGUGACAGACCUAAAUGGAGGACCUCAACCUCCCUCACUCUUGGAUGAGGAAUACUGUAAGACUGUUUUUAAGGGUGGUGCAGCCGCAGGACAGCUGACCUGUGUGGGGAUGAAGCAGAUGUACACCCUGGGGCAACGGCUGAGGAGAAACUAUAUGGAAGAAGUCCAGUUUCUUUCACCAAUAUUUAAGUCUGCUGAAGUCUUCAUCCGUUCCACUAAUAUUGUCCGGAAUCUGGAGUCCACACGCUGCGUGCUAGCUGGGCUGUACCAAGAGCAGAAAGAAGAUCCUUGUUCCAAAGUUUCUCUUGAAGUUCCAGUUAUUGUCACUGAUGAAGCGUGCACUGAAAUACUCUACCCCAAUUACCAGAACUGCCGGCGCCUGAAAGACAUGACCAGGAAUAAGUCAGAGAAUGCUAUGCACCAGCCAGGCAUCUGCGAUGACUUGGCAAAAAUUAAGAAGAGUAUGUGCAUUAAUGAUGAUGAGUCUCUGGAUUUUUUUGUCCUCCUUGAUAACAUUUCUGCUGAGCAGGCACACAAUAUGCCAAGCUUCCCUGCGCUGAGGAACUUCCAGCCGACGGUGGAACGCCGAUGUGUUGACUCCAUGCUUUUCGUUCUGGGAGACACUUGUUCCAGAGAAAUGCUUCAGAUGAGUAUUGGCCUCCUGCUCAAUACUUUGGAGAAGAACAUUAAAGCAGCAGUAAAUCCCUCAAAUCCAGCUGAAAAGGCCAGAAAGCUCUUCCUCUACGCUUCUCAUGACUCCACUCUUAUUCCUCUCCUGCUGGCACUGGGCACCUUUGAUAACAAGUGGCCACCUUAUGCUGCUGAUGUGGCCCUGGAACUGUACCAGCACCGGCGCACCAAGGAGUGGUUUGUGCGCAUGACCUACCAGGGAGAGGAGCAAGUGGUGAAAGGCUGUAAAACAGGACUCUGCCCACUCGAAGAAUUUCUGGAAGUUAUUUCACGGUACUCACUCACUCCAGAGAAGUACAACAACCUGUGCUGCAAAGUGGACAGGAUUUGAAAAACUAACUCAUAAUUAGUUAUAAAUUAAAGUUAGUCACAAUUUAUUGUCACAA